ACAUUUAUAGCCAUAUCUCACCAGUUCUGCUCGCAAGCAGCUGUCAUAAUGAUUGCCACAACAUCAUUUCCUACAUUUAUAGCCAUAAUCUCACCAAUCCAGCACCCAGCCCAAGUAAUACCUCAUGCCAAAUUCCAUAAACAAUUGUCAAAUUUUCUUGAACAUAUUUGCUGGAUGGUUAUGGUAACCAUAAAACCUUUUAAAUGUGUCAGCUGUGCUUUUGUAGGUGUUGCCAUGGUGCAUCCAAAUGUUAAGAUAAAAGCUGAUGCUGGCUCUUCUGUUUCCGUGAAACCUGAUGCAUCAACCAGAAUUCCUGUUCGAAGAACUAAGUCUGGAGAAAGGAGACCCCAGAUAGGUCUAGUUACAAGUGGAACAGGUGACACUUCAAAUUACAGUAAAAUUACAGGAACAAGCGAUCAAAAUGAAAAUAAACCGAAAAAACAAACCAAACGAAAAUCAAAAGACAAUGAUACCGGAAGUUCAUACCAGCAAAUGCAGGAGAAAGAGGAAAGUGAACAGAGAAAUGCAGCAUUAUUUUAAUAAAUAUAUAAUUUGUAUAUAUGUAUUGUACAAAUAUUAUUAACAUACUUCACAUACAGUGUACAAUUUUGGUAUACAUAAAACAAUAUGAUGAAAAUGAAAAUCUAUGUAAAAAAGGAUAUAACUACAGUGACUGUGUUUAUGUUUCAUUCGUUUUCUGGGUCAGCCUGUGUAUGGUCAAACUCAAGUUAAGGAUCUAUUCCUAUCAUGGAAUAAGACUAAAUUCCAAACUGUUUUCUUUGUUUACAGCUACAUAAUUAACUCAAGUUCAUUUUCUUCAGAGACUAAUAGAAUUUAUUUUCGACAUUUCAGCGGUUGUCCUACCAGGUUUAUCAAGAAUUACUUUAAAAAAUGGUUGUGUAUUUUUGUGAUGUAAUAACCGGUGAAAUGUUGAAAAUGAAUUAUAUUAGUCUGUGAGGUAAAUGAACUUGAAUUAAUCCAUAACCAGAGAGAUGAAUUUACAGAGAAAUACCUACAU